GCUAAUAAAAGCUGUUUUUGCAAAGAAGAGACCAUGCAUUCGGUUGACCUAGUUUGUUUAGAGACUCACAUAGCAUUGAAACCUCCCGUCUAUGGAGUUAAAAAUGAUGCAAAUAAGAAGGAAUUCGCAAAGGAAUUUGUUAACUCACAGCAGAAUUCAAAGGAAUGGGAUUCCUCGUUUUACCUGGCAGAUCUUGGACAAGUUGUACGAAACUUACAGCUGUGGACGAAGCACAUGCCUAAAAUCAGACCGUACUACGCCAUGAAGUGCAAUCCCUCACAACCAGUGGUACAACUGCUAGCGUCGUUGGGUGUGGGCUUCGACUGUGCCAGUAAGUUUGAAAUUGAAACGGCUCUAAAAUGCGGAGUGAAACCGGAAGACAUUCUCUUUGCUGUACCAUGCAAGAUGUCUUCCCAUAUUGAAUACGCUUGUCAAACCGGUGUUCAAGUUAUGACUGUUGACAACGCUGACGAACUGCACAAAAUCAAACGGAUUCAUCCUACCGGAAAGUUACUCUUGCGAUUAAACGUAAAAUACUGCGGCAAUGGCAUCAAAAUGGGUGACAAGUUCGGUGUUACGAUGUCCGAAGCCAGGGAGCUCAUAUUACUCUGUAAAGAGCUUGAAUUGGAUUUGAUUGGAGUUUGUUUUCACCCUGGAAGUGGGAGUAACUCCUUUGAAACGAUCCGCGAUAGCUUACAGCGAUGUAGGGAGCUUUACGAUUUCGCCAAGUUAAUUGGAAAUGACUUUAAAAUAGUCGACAUCGGCGGUGGAUUCGUUUGUGGCGAUAAUUUUAUCAAGAUUAGUAAGCAAGUUAAUGCUACUAUUGACCGGUUGUUUCCGCCUGAAACCGGUUUGACAGUCAUUGCUGAACCUGGUAGAUUCUUCGUGGAAAAUGCAUUCGCCUUCGUAACAUCUGUGCAUGGUAAAGCAAUUCGUGGCGACUCUGCAAAGUAUUACAUCGGAUCUGGAGUUUUUGCCGCAUUUUGCUUGAAAUAUUUCGAAAAAUUUAUCAGAAUCCCAGAAAGCCUAUCUCGGCAAGCAGAUAAAUGUAAGUGUUACGCCAGUACUGUGUACGGACCUACUGGGGCUGGUGAUGACAUCGUUUUAUGUGACUCUAUGCUGCCUGAAGCCCAGAUUGAUGACUGGUGGUUAUUUGAUAACAUGGGAGCAUAUUCCCCACUGCUCAGUCUCGGCUUUAAUGGUUACAUGGUCACGAAAGCCGGAUUCUUUAUUUCGCAAGAUACAUGGAAUGAAAUCGCUGAUAAAUUGAACCCCAAUUCCCCCUUGUUUGAGCAGUAUCAACAACUCGAGAAAACCGACGAAGAAAUAAUUUCCAAUGAUAUGUAGUUCCUUAUCGUUGAAUUUGUACACAGAUUAUUUAACCCAGUUUUGACACGGGUUGAGUCGUUUUGUUUAUAAGGUGCGCCAUUGUUGUUUUUAUGACGCUUUUAAAAUACAAAAAAAUAUCUGCUAUUGAACCCAAGACACAA